UGACGUCAGGUCGUUUGUUGUCAUUGGCGGCUCCCAAGAUGGCGUCCAUCGUGGAAGGGCCGCUGAGUAAAUGGACUAACGUGAUGAAAGGCUGGCAGUACCGUUGGUUCGUGCUCGACUACAACGCAGGGCUUCUGUCCUACUACACGUCCAAGGACAAAAUGAUGAGAGGCUCUCGCAGAGGAUGCGUUAGACUCAGAGGAGCUGUGAUUGGUAUAGACGAUGAGGACGACAGCACCUUCACAAUAACUGUUGAUCAGAAAACCUUCCAUUUCCAGGCUCGUGAUGCUGAUGAGCGAGAGAAGUGGAUCCAUGCCUUAGAAGAAACGAUUCUUCGACAUACUCUCCAGCUUCAAAUCAGUACUACACUUGCUUUUUUCCAGUCUUCUGGUAUCUCUCCAGUUCUUGAAUUUUCAAAAAUAAUUGUAAGUGAUUCAAUUGGUUUAGAUUCAGGGUUUGUUCCUAGUGUGCAAGACUUUGACAAAAAACUGACGGAGGCUGAUGCUUACCUACAGAUCUUGAUAGAACAACUAAAGCUUUUUGACGACAAGCUUCAAAACUGUAAAGAUGAUGAACAGAGAAAGAAAAUCGAAACACUCAAAGAGACAACAAAUAGCAUGGUAGAAUCAAUUAAACACUGCAUUGUAUUGCUGCAAAUUGCUAAAGACCAGAGUAAUGCGGAGAUGCACGCAGAUGGACUUAUAAGCACUAUUAACCCUGUAGAUGCAAUAUAUCAACCUAGUCCCUUGGAACCUGUGAUCAGCACAAUGCCUUCCCAGACUGUGUUACCUCCAGAACCUGCCCCGCUGUGUAAAUCAGAGCAGCGUCCAUCUUCCCUACCCGUUGGGCCUGUGUUAGGUGCUUUGGGACAUCACCAGACUCCAACACCAAAUAGUACAGGCAGUGGGCAUUCACCACCUAGUAGCAGUCUGACCUCUCCAAGCCAUGUCAACUUGUCUCCAAAUACCGUCCCCGAGUUUUCAUACUCAAGCAGUGAGGAUGAGUUCUAUGAUGCUGACGAAUUCCAUCAAAGCAGCUCGUCCCCAAAGCGCUUGAUAGAUUCUUCUGGCUCUGCCUCAGUCUUGACCCACAGCAGCUCGGGAAAUAGCCUGAAGCGGCCGGAUACCACAGAGUCACUGAACUCCUCCAUGUCCAAUGGGACGAGUGAUGCCGACCUUUUCGAUUCACAUGACGAUAGAGAUGAUGACGCGGAGGCUGGGUCGGUGGAGGAGCACAAGAGUGUCAUCAUGCACCUUUUGUCACAGGUUAGGCUCGGAAUGGACCUGACUAAGGUUGUUCUUCCAACAUUUAUUCUUGAAAGAAGAUCUCUUUUAGAAAUGUAUGCAGACUUUUUUGCACAUCCGGACCUGUUUGUGAGCAUUAGUGACCAGAAGGAUCCCAGGGAUCGAAUGGUUCAGGUCGUCAAAUGGUACCUCUCAGCCUUUCAUGCAGGAAGAAAAGGAUCAGUUGCUAAAAAGCCAUACAAUCCCAUUUUGGGUGAGAUCUUUCAGUGUCACUGGACAUUACCAAAUGACACUGAAGAGAACACAGAGCUAGUUUCAGAAGGACCAGUCCCUUGGGUUUCUAAAAACAGUGUAACAUUCGUGGCUGAGCAGGUUUCCCAUCAUCCACCAAUUUCAGCUUUUUAUGCUGAGUGUUUUAACAAGAAGAUACAAUUCAAUGCUCAUAUCUGGACCAAGUCAAAGUUCCUCGGGAUGUCAAUUGGGGUUCACAACAUAGGGCAGGGUUGUGUCUCGUGUUUAGACUACGACGAACAUUACAUCCUCACCUUCCCUAAUGGUUAUGGAAGGUCUAUCCUCACAGUGCCCUGGGUGGAACUAGGAGGAGAAUGCAGUAUUAAUUGUUCCAAAACGGGCUAUAGUGCAAACAUCAUCUUCCACACUAAACCUUUCUAUGGGGGCAAGAAACACAGAAUUACUGCUGAGAUUUUUUCUCCAAAUGAUAAGAAGUCCUUUUGUUCAAUUGAAGGGGAAUGGAAUGGUAUAAUGUAUGCGAAAUAUGCAACAGGGGAAAAUACUGUCUUUGUAGAUACUAAGAAAUUGCCUAUAAUUAAGAAAAAAGUGAGGAAGUUGGAAGAUCAGAAUGAAUACGAGUCCCGCUGCCUUUGGAAGGAUGUCACUUUCAAUUUAAAAAUCAGAGACAUUGAUGCAGCAACUGAAGCAAAGCACAGACUUGAAGAAAGGCAAAGAGCAGAAGCCCGGGAAAGGAAGGAGAAAGAAAUUCAGUGGGAGACGAGGUUAUUCCAUGAAGAUGGAGAAUGCUGGGUCUAUGAUGAACCUUUACUGAAACGUCUUGGUGCUGCGAAGCAUUAGAUUGGGAAACGCCAAGUUCACACCUGGUACCCAGGGCAGCAGGCCUGAUGAAGCAUCAGUCAAUCUUCCUUUGGGAGAGCCCAUUGCUCCCUUCUCAACGCAGUGGUUCCUAUCUCAGGGAUACUGGACUUUCUGACGCAGAUGAACAAUUAAAGCAGAAGCAGUUUCUGUCUUGCUCUGUGGCAGUUACAGUUUUGACUUCAGUCCUGAGAAAAACUUCAGGUUUUGAAACAAGAUGUCUGCUCCUUUUCCAAACCCCAUGCUUUGAAAAGCAUUUAUAAACCCAAACCUCAUAUUCUGCACUGUAGUUCUGCUUUUAAGAUAUGACAUACAAGGUGUUUCCUACUUCAUGUAUCUUGGGUUCUAUAUAUAUAUCUAUAUAUAUAUAUAUAUGUACACAUAUACACAGCUAUACCUUGAUAGAUUUUUCAUAAAUACUCCUCUGUAAAUACUGGUUCCUCAGAGUUUUAGAAAAUUAGUGCAAUGUAUUAAAAAUCAAGUGUUAGGAAAUUUCAUGAUUUCAUCUAUAAUAAACUUUAUUUUAGAAUUUAUCUAAA